UUUGGAUUCGUUUACUAUUUAGUAUUUAAAUAAUGAUCAAACAUUUUAGUCUUGUUAUUUUAGUCAUCAUUUGUCAAAACACUUAAAACAAUUAAUUAAUCGUUAAAUAUAAAUUAAAUAUUUAGUGAUAAAUUACACAUUAUUGACUAUGGUACUAGAAAGAAUGCACAGGGUUUUAUGAUAUAUCUGAACCCUCUAAAGUGUUUAUUUAUGCUCUUUAGUUUACCGUAUCAUAAAAGCAAUUAUGACUUCAAUACUAGAUCAGUUCGAACAAGGUGCUGAAUGUACUUUUACUCCCUCAUCAAAAUCUGUACAAGUGCCUAAUGAACAUUUCGAAGAUGAAUUAAACGAAGUCCCCAUAUUGUCAAAAAAGAAAGUUAAUUUCUCGCCAAAUGACAAAAUCACCCAUUUACUAGUCAGUAAUGAAUACGUAGUGCUUGUCAUGAUCAACAAUGUACUGUUACGAAUAAACUUAAGAAAAGAUAACAUUGAAGAGAUUGAUACGCUAAAAACAUCAUCACUAAAAGUUAGGCAUAUAUUUCUUGAUCCAUUUGGAGAACAUUUAAUAAUUUCAUGUGGGAAUGCCAAUAGUUCUCAACUGUUUUAUGCUACUAAACAACUAGCAAAACUUAAACCAGUAGGGAAAUAUCAAGGGACUGAAAUAACGUGUGUAGCUUGGAACUAUGAUCGUACAGUUAAAUCUUCAUCUAGCACAACAGGACCGAUACUGCUCGGGAAUUCAUCUGGAACAAUAAUUGAAACACAAUUAGGAACUGAGUUUGAUAGAUUUUUUCAGGGUAGCGUCGUGCAGUACUGGAAAGAAGUGUUUGAUAUAAGUAAAGGAAAACCAACUCCAGUUGUUAGUUUACAAUAUCAUAGAGUCCCGAAAUCUGAUAUAUUUUAUAUACUAGCAAUUUCAUCGACAAAACUGUAUCAGUUUGUCGAUUCAGCGUUUAAUAAAGAUGAAAGACCGAUGUUGCAGCAAAUUUUCAAUAACUACUUAACCAUUCCAGAACAAUUUGAUGAAGUUCCAACGGUACUCAAACACAGCAAACUAAAUUUUUACUAUUCAAAUAAUGAUCUGACGGAUCCAAAGCACUUUGGGUUUCUUACAGAAAUAGGCGUGUUUGUAGCAGAGAUAGAUAUAAAUAAAAAAGAUAAAACGGUGUUUAGUUCGCAUACGUUGAUCGAGUAUAGCCGGUUAUAUGGUAAAGAUGAUGAUGAUUUUCAAAUUCCUCUAUCGAUGACUUUCACCCAAUAUCAUGUAUUGCUAUUAUACUCCAACAAAGUAGUUGCCGUGUCUUUAGAAACACCAGCAAAUCGUAAUGUAUCACGAGUGAUGGACGAAGACUAUUGUUCAGAUACUCACGGCAAACUAGUAAAUAUAACUAAGGACUUGGUUACUGGUACAAUAUGGUUAUAUGCUGAGCGUGCUGUUUUUAGAUACAAAAUUCAAAAGGAAGACCGAUACGUUUGGCAAAUAUUUUUAAAUAAAGGCAUGUUUGAAGAAGCAAAAGAAAUUUGUCAAAAUAAUCCAUACAGAAUAAACCAAGUUUUAGUAAGACAAGCGACCACUUAUUUCGAUACUGAACAAUACGAAAAAAGUGCAAUGAUAUAUGCUGAUUUGAAUAUUUCAUUUGAAGAAAUAGUGUUGAAGUUUUUACAUUUAGAAAACAAAAAGCCAUUAAAACUUUUUCUAAUGAAAAAAUUAGAAAGUUUAAAACCUCAAGAUUGUACACAAAUAACAAUGAUUACGUUGUGGUCAAUAGAAUUGUUUGCAGAUGAAUUAGCCACGCUGAGAAACGACGAAAAAGAAAACGAAGAGAAUUAUAAAAAACUACAAGAGUCGUUCAAGAAUUUUUUAUUAUAUCCUCCUAUUCAAGACUGUAUUCGAAAAAAUUGGGAAAGCAUUUACGAUAUAUUGGCUAGUCACGGCGAUGUUCAUUUUAUGAUUUGGCUAGCACUCGAAAAUCAAGACUAUAAACGUGUUAUACAACAUUAUUUAAAUGAAAACAAUAUUGCAGAGGCAUUAAACGUUCUGGGAAGUCAUCCUUUCAGUGAAUUGUUCUAUAUGUUUUCUGCCGACUUGAUUGAAAAAGCACCUUCUCAAACCAUUUCCAUUAUAAUAAAACAGGGACAAAAACUCGAUCCUUUGAAAAUGUUAAAUGCGUUUAUCGUUUUCAAUCCGAGUGAACAGCUUGCUUUGGAAAUAAUCAGAUACCUGGAAUACUGUGUUCACUGUCUCAACUGCAAUGCGGAAUCAGUUCACAACUAUCUGUUGUCGUUAUAUAUAAAAUUCAACAACGAUAAAUUGAUGAAUUACCUCAAGUUGCAAGGCCAAGAAAUAGCGGCUGUGUGCUACAAUCCUAAAUUUGCUUUGAGACUGUGUCGUGAACAUAAUUUGUUACAAGCACGAGUUCAUCUGUCAAUCGUAUUAGGUUUGUGGGAACCCGCAGUUGACUUGGCACUGUUGGUUAGUGUAGACUUGGCCAAAUCUACAGCGUCCCUGCCAAGUAGUGAUCAAGAACUAUCAAAAAAACUUUGGUUAAAAAUAGCCCAACACGUCGUCAAAGAGAACAACGAUAUAGCUCAAGCGAUGAAAUUUUUGGAAGAAUGCAAAUUUAUUAAAAUUGAAGAUAUUUUACCGUUUUUCCCAGACUUUGUGACACUUGAUCAUUUUAAAGACGCAGUGUGUUCGUCUUUGGAAGAGUAUAAUAAUGAGAUUCAAACUCUUAAAGAAGAAAUGGAAGACGCAACCAAAUCAGCUGAAACAAUUAGAUCAGAAAUUGUAUCAUUUAAAAAUAGGUUCAUAACAAUUCAGCCAUCAAAUACGUGUAGCAGCUGUGAAGAACAGUUGGUCACUAAAGCAUAUUACGCUUUUCCGUGUACACAUUAUUUCCAUGUGGAAUGUUUAAUUAAAGAAAUGCAACCGUAUGUCAAUUCGAGUACUUUGAACACCAUAAAAGAAUUACAGAACAAGUUGAGUAAUCUUUAUCAAAAUAUAAAAGAUGAUUCACAAUCAUCGGACAUAUUGACUCAACGCAAUAAAGUUAAAGAGACAUUAGACAAUUUACUGGCAAGAGAAUGUAUUUUCUGUGGUGAUAUUAUGAUUAACCUAAUUGAUAAACCAUUUAUCGAGGAUAAUGAAUUUGAAAAAAUCAAGAAAGAAUGGGAGUAAAAUAUAUCUUACAAUUUUUUCAUUUUUUUUAUAAACUAUCCACCUUUUGGUAUGUUUAUUAUUUAUUACUAUUAUUGUUAAUUAAUAAUUUAUUAUACGUCCAUAAUUUAUUUAUUUAAUUUUAAUUUUAACAUAAACUUGUUACAUGUACCAA